UCACGUUUUACUCUCGCACCCUCCGUGUCAACAUCGACCGAGAGUGGAGCGAGACCCUCGUAACGCGAAUAAUCCCCUUUCCCCAGUGGUUACUUCGUUACGAGGCGAUCCCUCAAAUAUCUCCGAAAGUGUGCCAGUAGGCCGAGUGUCUACGACGCAUCUCCUCGUCCACGAACUCUCCGUACUCGUUUUUUUCUUCGAUAGUUGAUUCUUUUGGAUUGUGGGCUAAACUCGAUCGGUUCGAAUUUAAUUGAUACAGGGAACGAUGCGAUGUAGGACGGUCGGGCGAUUUCUGGCCCGUGAAAAUGACGCUCUAUGCAUUCGCUAUGGAAUCUAAUGUAUGGAUUAAAGAGGAGGAGGAGGAGGAAGGGAGCUGGAUCGACGCGAUUGAUUUUUGAAGUAGAAAUUCCAGAAAACGAAGCUCCCAGCGACGAGAGUGCUUUGAAAUUCGUGAGAUCGACGACCCGACGGAACGUCAAUUCGAUUGCGCCUUCCCUUGGGCGCGCGUUAGAGUUGAGGGGCACACCCACGUUUUCGUAGAAAUAUAUGACAACGCCUCUCUUUUAUCGUGCUCCUUCGGCAAUUAGCGAACAUGGACAAACGUCGAUCGAUCGAUGCAAGCUUGCAGGAUCAAGCUCUACCGAUUCCGGUGCAGCUCUAUCUGUGGCGACAGCUACGGCCCUUCACUCGGGCGAAACUGGGAAAGCUCCACGAGGCUUCGUGCAUGUUCUGCCAGCGCGCGCCCGGUCAUCACGAAAUGAAGGAGGCGAGCACGUCGUUCGAGAAGGUUUUGGUGCAGAGUCUGCACAAUGAGCUGACGCCCUCUUUGACGGAUAUAUUGGGCACGGUGCCACGGUGGCGUUUGAUCCAAACAGCUCUUCCCUAUGUUCUCCACUCGGCAGCGAAUCUUCUUCACAACAAGAAAGACCUCCAGAAUCUCGGAGCUAUGGAAACUACUCUGCUCUACAUUCUGCACUGGUUCCUUCUCGACGCCGCUGAAGAAUGCGCCGAAACCGAUUCCCACGCAGGAUCUUCAACGAGCCCCUUUUAUUAUCUUUUUUCUAUUCCCACCAUGACCCUCUUUGUUUACCUCUUUGCACCAUUGAGCAAUCAUCUCAAGGACAUAGAUUUUAAAACGAAUCUUCGACUGGAAAACGGCAUCAAAAUUUGGGCUCCUAUGAGUGAAUUUCGACAUCCCAAUGCCGCAUGUUUCACCUCGCAUUGCAGACCGAAACCGAGAGCGCUUUGGACUCGCUCCAGUAAAGUUACGAAGCCACCGCAGGCUUCGACGGAUCUAUUCGCCGUCGGUUCAAAGAAAGGGAAAGCGGAGAAUUUCAUGGAUCCCGAAAGACCGAACGGUCAGUCGAUGAGCGUAGCCGAUCAAACGGUGCCGGCAAGCGCCAGGCAGGAUGAAGAGAGCAAUUGGGUUUCCUCGCCAAAAGACACUGUUUUUCCGGAAACUAUUCCCGAAGAGAGCUCGAGCACCGAAGACGAGCACGUGACCCAAGUGAUAUUCAGCGUUCCGUCGUCGAACAACGAAAUGGACAACAAGGCAUCGGAAGGGGUGAAGGAAGUUUUGACGAUAUUCGCAGGUGAGGCGAGUAUUUUUCACGUCGCGAUGGGACGAAGGUCGAGUUCGUCGAAAUCGACGUUGACAAUCGAGCAGGUAACGUCGAUAUCGGGCCUGGACACGUGCAAUCUGUACAGUGGCAAAACAAUGACGAGCUUGAAAUUGGGAUACACUUGCAGUAUGGACAAGAUUCGAGACCAGCAGGAAAAGGACGAAGAGAAAAGAGAGCAAGAGGAGAAACGAUCGGAGAGAUUUGCCGAAGGAGAUGUCACUUCGAAAGGUAAGAGCGGUCAGCAGGUUUCACCGGGUGAGAGCGUGCAGUCGCAAGGGGCUGGAGCCCGGGAUUCCGAGCUCGAGGCCGACGUGAGAGCCGCGACUUUUCUCGACGUUGCUGCGCUUCGAUGUCUCUUCGUUUCUCAGUGGAGCGAGGAGGGAAUUUAUUGGGGGCUCCGAUACUUUUAUCGUCGAUUGCGAAAAAUCAACGAGGAAAGUACGGUCCAACAAAUCACUCGACGACGCAGCAAUUCAUUGCCCAUACCAAAAAUCGAAGUUUCCAUUUACCAGAGUCCUGAAAGUCGAAAGAAGGAUGACUCGAGAGAAUUGAUCGACGUGCCUGAGUCCUGUUCCCGCGAACCCGUUACCAGCACGACCGGUGAUGCCUCGUCGUUUCCGGACCUUUCGUACGGCAACGGCGAAGGGAAAGCGGCUCGAGAUAACGAGACGAGCCACGUUAGACGAGCCAGCGAAAAGACGAAAAAGCGAAUGAAAAUGGCAGAUUUGAAGGCCUUUGUGGAAACCAAGUUGUUGUCCAAGUCCGAGAAGGCCCUGGAAAAAAUUGGUCAGGAGGAACCGAAGCAGCAACUAUACGAGCGAGAAUGUCACAGGAGUCUCGACACCGGAGACGAUCAUUUGACCAGACAAGCUUCAACGUCAUCGAGAAUUUUCGAGGCUCGGGACGACGCCAGUAGGAUCCAGCACCCGACGAAUUUGGUCAAGGGAAAGAGCAUGCCGAGUCUGAGCUGUUUGAUAAACGAGCUAGCCGCGGGAGGAUAUAUCGGUGACACGCGAAUCGAGAGGAAUCAGAGCAGAUUUUAUAGCCAGUCGUACACCGUACCGAAUCCAAUAAUCACCGUUACCGAGCACACUCCGACGCCUUCGCCAGAUUAUCUCAAACGUCAGGGUUCGAUGGACAGCCAACUCGAUGCUAUAAGCAUACACGGGAGCAGACUGAGCUCCGAACGGAAACCAAGUUUAACGAGAUCGCAAACGGACUCGAACAUCACUUACACCGGUGACGAAAUACCCGAAGCUCCGGGAUCGUCAACUUACAUCACGAAAGAGGGUGACAUCGAUCUUCAAGUUGUACUGAAGGCCGUUCACUCCGUGUCUCUUCGCGAUGGACUUUGCUGUACUCUUCGCGUUUGCGAAUUAAUUCUCAACAUGGUCGAACUGUUGAUGGAUAUGGGAGUAUUGAAACAAUGUCUGCGGGAGGAAACGAUGGGAAGCAGCGGCGGGUCGGGCGGGGAGGGGGCCGAAAAGGCUGAAAAAGCGGACAGCACCAGCGGACGGAAACACGACUCUCCGGUCAACGAUCAGGAAGUCCGAAACGAUUGCCUGGAAAAGACUUGGACAGCUCACGCCCUCCUUCUCAAUUGUGUUUUCCGCGUUAUCAAACACUUGGGCUGUCCUCACGGUUGCGCUGACGGGAUUCGCGGCCCCCAAGCCGAGUUCGCUCGCUCUCAGGUGCACCAGAUUCUCAGCAAGCUCUACCGAGCGAGCUCGAGACAGUUUUCUCGGUGUCUCCGAUCGAUGAUCCGUGAUCAACCGAUACCGGAAAUUCUCGAUUUGUUUCACUCUUACGUCGGAUUUUGCGUCGAUCCGAGUUCUCUUCUCUCACCUUUGAAUCAAAAGAGAAGUUCGAGUAAAUCUCCGGAUGUCGUCUCGCAGGGCGGAUACGCGACGAAUUUCGGUGCCGGUUUGAUCGGGACCGGGAGCGCUCCCUGCGGAGGCGGCGGCCCGGUCAACCUCGCGACAGCCUCGGUGUCGGCGACGGCCGCUGCUCUCGCUUCGGCAACAGCCGCUUCCGCAACCGCAUCUUACGGUGGAAUCGGUUAUGGCGUUCGCAACAUCGAAUCCCAAAUCAUGGGCUGCGUUUUCAAGAGUCUCGUAACCCGAUUCGUCAAAAACUUCAAAGAGCUCAAGUCCCAAGAAAACAUGGCGAUUUACUGUGACAUCAAGCAGUUCAUGAGUUACGUCAAAGAGGCACAUGGCGGGGUAUUCCGUCGGGUGGCACUCAGCAGCAUCUUGGAUUCGUCCGAUCGACCUGAUAAAAGAUGCAACAGCAACGUUCGAACUACCAGAGUCAUCAGGCAUAUUCAUCAAACGGAGUACGAAGACAGCGCUGAGCUGGCCGGUGAGCCGUGCUACGCGAUCGACGACCGUGGGACUCGGAAGUGCUUGUUCAAAAAAAGAAGCACUUCGUCAACUUGUGCGAGUCUCCUUGAGACGGAGCUCAGUGAAGAAAACCCCAAAAUAAGCCAAAGUCCUCUGGGAAACGUUCGGAAAAAACAUCACGUCCUCACGCCCCGGCAGAGUGAGAAAAACUUGGGGGUUGGCGCAGAUUCGUGUCUGGGAGCUGGCAAAUCGAGAAAGUCAGCGAGAUUCAAGAUCGGUGGCAUUGUCAAUUGGUUUCGUAAAGAAUACGGUAGAACGGAUUCAACCGACAGCCACGAGAGCAGCGAAUCCCCCACUGAGGGAAGUUUCGUCAGGCAAUCGAGUAUUCAUCGGCCAUAUUAUCGUACCACUUCCCGUACGAGUAGAGGAGUUAGUCAAACUUUGCAGCGAGCCAAACGUCGAAUGGAAGAUCAACUCAAUAAAAUUGGUCUUGGCAAGGGUAAAAAGAAGGAGAGUCUCGAGGAGGCACCAGGCAGUUAUUUUAGUCGAAGAAACUCGAUGGAGUUCGGCGAAGCUUCCAGAGAGUCGGAAUUCGUAGUACUAAAGGAAAGACGACUCGUGCCACGCUUGUCGGUUUAUCACGGGCUCCAGAGAUUUUCGUUCCUUCUGGAAACGUGUCAGCCUGGUUCUGUGCCCGAUCAUCAUUUAAUAGCAGCCUUGUUGGAUCUGCCUCAUGCACCCGUGGUCGCGAGAGCUUCUCUCAUUCUUGAGUGCGCCCAUCUCGUUCACCAGUGCAACAAAGGACACUGGCCCGUCUGGAUGAAGCUCAACUUUCCGAUGUUUCGUCCCUCGGUAUCGCUGGCCAGCAGGAACGCGCCUACGGGUCUCAGACGAACCCACGUUCUCCAGCGUGCAGCGGGGAAGCUUUUUUAUCAGUGGGGCGAGUCGAUCGGCGCGAGAUUAGAAGAGCUCAUGGCCGAGGAUAAACGUAACGUCGAGCACGUUAUCUCGAUGGUAUCCGAUGAGUCGAAACAACGAGAUUUAAUAGUGGAGGAUGAAGAAGAAGAUUUUUUGGACGAGGCGAGCAUCAAUGGCUACGGUUCCCAAUGUCCGGUUGCCCUUCGGAUGGUCGCUUGUGUUCUUCUCCUCGAGGUCACAGCUUUCCUUCGGGAAACUUAUCAGACUCUGCCAAAGUCAGGUAGAGCCUCGACGAAAGAGCGUCCGCCGCCCUGGGAACGGGUGUACAGCCGUGAAGCGAAUCGACGAUGGAGCAUGGCUCUGUCUUCCAUGGGACACUCGCAAACCUCGGCCCAGAGCCUCCAGUCGAUAGCUGGCGAUCGUGAGAACGAACGAAAAAUAAGCUUUGUUCUGCACGAGCCUGAUAACGAAUCGGAGGGUAGCAGCAAAUCGACGGUUACCAUACAGGGCGAAGAGCUGUUGAAUAAUGAACGUGAAAAAAAUAAGCGCGUACAAGCAGGGAGACCGUUUCUGUUGCGGAGAGGCACAGCCAGUAAUGCGACCGGUUCGUUCAAGCGGAGAAGCCUUAAACUUCGUAGGGGAACGAAAGAAGGAAAAGACAUAGAAUGCGAAGCUUUUAUGCGAUCAAUUGACACCGUGAGACGCGCUGAUUCCAUCCAAUCAAAGAGGAAAGUGAGCUCGUUGUCAGACCGCAGCGACACAUCGGAACCCGGGCUUGGCGGUGAGGUGAGCGGCGAGGAAUCACCAGGGAUUUUGAGCGACGAUCAACCACCGGAGAGCCCGAGCGACUCUAACGACACCGACGAGACGAACAAAAAUUUUCCGUGGAUGAAGGUUCUCACGCAGACGAUGAAUUCGUUCAAUUUUUAUUGUUCCCAUCAGAAUUUCUGCCAUCCGUAUUGUCAUCGACGGCAAAUGCGGGCGACCGGUCGCUUGAUCAAAUCGGUGAGAAAGGUGUACGGAGAAGAGUUUGGUAUACUCAAUGGUGCCAGUACUUUUGAGUAUGAUUCGGAAAAGCGGGAUGAAGGAAAGAAGGAAAAGCGUGGAAGAAAAAUUUCUGAGCAGACGAGCGCGCAGGUAUCGCCCGUCAGAAGAAAGGACAGCGUCGGUAAAAAGUUCAAGAUCGAAAAGAGUCUGGAAGGAUCAGGGAGACUGACGAGCGGACAUCGCGAUUCGUCCAAGGAUCUGGCCGAUCAGGAUUCCGAGCGCGGUAGAGGCUCCUCCAAGAGAUUGGCCCCCGAUGACGAAGAAGAAAGCAGAGACGAGGAGCCGCCCGUAAUCUUGAAGUACAUAAAGACACAAGUGAAAGAUGCUUUCCACGCUCCGCUUGCGGCCUUGGUAAAAGGCGCAGUGGUCAUGUCCGAAGAUCUGUUUGUCGAGGUGCUUCCGGUUGCUUGGGAACUGCUGCUCGAGUCGAAUCAAGAAGUCGCUGCGUCGGCUGCCUCCUUGUUCAUCGUUGCAGCCGUCAGGGCGCCUAAUCAAGCGAGUGAUAUAAUGCACCAAGCUCUCCAGCACGGUAACACUUCGGUUCGAAUAAACGCCAUACUCAGAUUCCAAGUCUUGUGGAAACUGCGAUACCAAGUAUGGCCACGAAUGGAGGAACCGGCCCAUAUGACUCUCAAAGUGCCACCACCGGGGAUCGAGUUCACUCUUCCCUCUCCGAAGAUUGGCAUCGAAUCCCUUCCAGUCGUCGAUCCACCGUGGAUGCCGCAGAGAUCACUCGUUACCGCUACGAAAACACGAAAGAAGCAGCAAACUGACCUUAUCAAGAAGGCCCUCCAGGCCCAGGAUGAUAAGAAGCGAGAAGAGAGAGAAAAUUUCCUUAUCACAACGAUUCCGAUCACGGUUCAAGCAGCUUAUGAGCCCAGUCCGGCCGGCGAUGACCACGACGAAGCUACCGCGGCGGAUGACGAGGGAGGUGAGAGUGCGCCGAGAAAUAUGUCUCAUCACGCUCAGUCCGCUCUUUCCCUGUUUCCAUCAUCGUUGUGCUCAGCCAUUGUACAGAUAAUCAACCUUCUGGACGACGCUGCCGUUUCUGACGAUGGCAAUUCCGUUUACGAAGUCGCUUAUCAAGUCAUAUGGAGCUGCUUGGUGGAAGACAGUGCGCUAUUUCUUCGCUACGUCCUGGAACGUCUGACUCGCGAGAAGCAAGAGCUCAUGUUCAAAGUUCUACGACAUCUCAUACGUUUCGUGCCAAAAUUACCGCAGCAAGCUGCUUUCGCUUUGUAUAAUUACAUCAUUGGUUACGUCAUGUUUUACGUGAGAUCGCCCCACGAAGAGGGCCAGAAACUCAUAGGAACCGCACUGUCAAUCUUGUGGAUGGUCGUACACAGCGUUCACGGAAUAAUGUUCAAAGAUUUAAAACAAAUUUUACGCAAGGAACAAUGCGACGCUUCGAUCCUUUUAACGGCCAAUGUUCCAUCCGCAAAAAAAAUCAUCGUCCAUGGUCCUCAAGACCCUGAUGCCGGUGGUAUACCUUCUCAGUUUCCUGUGCAAGAGGAUACUCAGUUCUGUCAGAUUCUGAGAGAAUCUCUCGACUUUUUUGGCAUCGACGAGCCUAAGCAUCGCGAAUACUUUCUGGUCGACUACAAGACUCAUCAGAUCCACAAUCCAUCCGCGUACGUGAGAGAUUAUUAUUUCUUCAAGAGGUCACAGUACCCUCAGCUCGAAUUGGUUCACAUGAAGCCUGAGGACGCGUUCAAUGCUCUUCAGCGUCAGGAAUUGGUUCACAAAUUCGUGGAAAUUGGUAAAGUUCUUCUGACAUGGGCGAUAUUGAAGAACGUUGACAUGGUUGUGCAAAGAGUCGUAUUUCUGCACGAGGAGCUCAUGAAGCUGCCGUCGUUUCCCAGAAAAGCGCUCGAAGCUGAUCUGGACUUGUACAAAGGCGGCGAGAUCGGGAGGGAACUUCUCGGGCUCGACGUGAUGCACAAGUUCAUGUGGGUGCGCCUGAUCGCCCGAAUGUUCGAAGCGAUGGCUGGAAACUUCGCAUAUUCCGGGGACAUUCACCUCUUUUUGAACGUUCUGAACGGCGCGGUGAUUCUUCACAGCGAGGACUCCUGUAUCCUGCGUUACGUGGUCGCGACCUACAUCAACGCCGCGCAUAAUUUCAAAAACAUUUUCUCCACCAAUGGCUACUUGCUGAUAAUGCCUUCGUUGUUGCAACUGUACGCAACGCACCAAACGAACAAACUCGUUACAACGACCGUCGAAUACGCGGUCAAGCAGUUCUAUCUCAUGAACCGGAAGCCCUUCAUACUUCAGAUGUUUGGAAGCGUAUCGACUAUACUGGACACCGACGAGACGAGCACGCACGGCGAUGCUCACAAGGUACCGUCGACGUGUCUCUUUAAUCUGCUCCUCAGCCUCGAGACACCGUCACCCGAUCCGCUCAACAUCGGUGAGCUCGUCAAAGAAGAAAAACCACUCAAAGCUAUAGACUUUUGUUAUCACGACGAGAAUGAGAUGGUAACGGUUCUCGAUUGCAUUUCGCUGUGCGUCAUGGUAAUAGCUUACGCCGCAGAUUCCAUUCGAGGACAACAGAUGCUGACGAUACUUGAAGCUAUUCUGCCGUGCUACGUCCAGCAAAUCCAGUCGCCAUCGUACAACAAAGAAGGCAAAACCGAAAAAGAGAUAAUAAAUCAACUAGCGAUAGCUGUUAAAACUUUGGUGAACAAUUCCGAGGCGUUGACAAAAUAUUACAAUGGACCGCAGAGAUCGAGCCCGGAGCACAAAGGUUCGAGCCAAAGAAACUACGGGAAAGGACCUUACUCUCCGGGAUUUGAUUUUGAGGACGAGACUCACGUUACCAAGUACAUGGAACACGCCAAAGCGAGGAAUCUUUAUGAUCGUGACAAUGAGGAUACGGAGAGCUGUCACAAAAACGAAUUCCGACGACCUCGUGACACGCUGCUCAACAUGGUCGGUGAUUUCGUGGCUCGUUGCUCCGUCAGACUCGCUGAAUUGAAUAAGAAAUCUCAAGAUGGAAAAACCAUCGAGCUGCUGGAUUCCAAGUGUCACGUGCGCCUCGCCGACGUAGCUCACAGCCUCUUGAAGGUUGCUCCGUACGACCCUGAAACGAUGGGUUGCCGGGGCCUGAAGCGAUACAUGAACGACGUUUUGCCAUCGACCGAGUGGUCCAACGACGACAUGAGACCGGCACUGACCAUUAUCUUGCGUCGGCUCGAUAAAACUUUUGGUAAAAUCUACAAAAAAGCUUCGGUUCGUCGGAACACAGAUUGGGACGCGGCGAGCGAUUUGCUGAGAGGGAUUUACGAAACUUUGUCGAGAUACCCGUACAUCGCGCACUAUCAAUACUUGAAGGCGCUUUUAAGCACCUGUCAGGCCCUGAUUGUCGGGGAUACCGGCCUCGUCGAAGUCACUUCCGCGGCCUCUGCCGCGCUCAUGAGCAAAAUUCCACCGCAACACUUUUGCUCGACUGUGCUGAGGCUCAUAGCUCUCCACGUCAUUUCUCUCGGCGAAGGAUAUUCUCUAGAAAACGUUUGCGGCGGACAGGCCAUGUUCGCAACGCAAACGAGAACCGAAAAUAUGCUUCUCAACUUGCUGAUUCCGCUUUUCCUUCGAGUUGGGACUGGGAGAAAAGACGUGCCGAAAUUACGACAAUCAGACAUAAGUUUUGCGCUAACGGCUGUGCUCAAUACUCUCUGGCCACCAGGAGCGAAAACCGCGCCGAUCGUGUCGCAAAAUUUGAAAACCGCCGCGGACAUGAGAGCCGGUAGCCUGACCUUCACGGCGAGAGAUCCCAAGAUAUCGACGAGGAUUUCUCUGGCUCUCUAUCGAGUAGCUUUCUUAGCUCUGAAGAUAAUGACGAUUUGUUUCGAAACGGAGUUGAAAACCGAGUGGCCUAAAAUAUUGCGAACUAUGCGAUUGUUGAACAAACGCAACGAGGCUUCGAUACACUUGUGGAAUUUUCUCGAGUUCGUUGUGACCCAUCGCACGCCGCUGUACAUACAAAUGUUGCCAUUCGUCGUGCACAAAAUCGGGCAACCGCCGAUUUCCGAACACGAGCGGAACAUGCAGAGUACCAUACGCGACAAAAUAAGCGGAGAGAGAGCGGCUUUCCCCAAGUCGCGGGGAACGCUUCUCGGCGAUCUUCUCCACGAGCUGCGAGACCUCAAGGAAGAGAUCGAGGACAGAAAAUUCGACGAGAUGCAGCCCGAGCCUAAGAGGAGCGUCGUUGACAUGCAUCCGGGCGGUCCGAAUUCGAACGAGCCCGGUCAACCGAGAACCCAGCGACCCUCGCUCCUGAUCGACCUGCUAACCGGUGACCUGGGCUCGAGAGCUCACAUCGUACGAACUCCGGCAGAAACACCGAUAUCUCACACGGGGCUUUCGCACUCCCUUCCGCACUCGAUCCAUCAGUCGAUAACCUCGAGCAGCACGACAAAGUCAUCAGGGACUACGAGUCAGGGCUCAGUUCCAGUGAACGGCGCGAACGCUGCAAGGGGAUCGGUAUCGAGCACGAGUGCAGGAUCCUCGACUCUAAGAGAGAGCAGCGACAUGGCUCCCGAGGAAUCGCAAACCGAUCACCCGACAUUACCGACAGAUAGAUCCCAACCAUCUUCUACUAGCGAUGAACGUAACCAUGUUAAGUCUCAUCCUACUAUCAUACCUCAUCAAAAGACGGCUAAACUACGCUUUGUCUCUUCCAUAGAGUUUAGGCACUCGUCAGGCGAAACCGUGACGAGUCAACUGAGUCCGAGCAGUCCGACCGAGGACAGUUCAGGGGAGUCCCGUCCCGACAAGCCUCGUUUGCAGCGCUCGAUGGGACAAAGCAAGAGGACCUUUCGUCUAAGAAAAAGUCGAAAGAGCCACAUUGAUAUUCCGCACCUGAAGCUUCAACACCGAGACUGUUCGCCGGUUCAAGCGACCGUACAAUCGCCGCCCUCCUCAGCAUUGGAAUCAACUGUCCUCAGCAUUCCACCUUCGGAAUCGUCCUCUUUGCGUUCAAAAGCGAAUUCAUCCAUGCGACCGACAGAUCCUGAUCGCAGCAACGACGCUACACCCACCGAGCAGUACCACCAGGCGCAGCAGCAGGAACAGCAGCAGCCAAAUUAUCAUCAAUAUCAUCACCAUCAGCAUCAUCAUCAUCAUCAUCAUCAUCACCAUCACCAUCAGAAUCUCCACCACCAUCUCCAUCCGCAAUCGGAUGUCUCUUGGGACGAGGAUACCUCGAGUACUUCCGGUUAUCGAGAGUCUUACAGCUUGCAGUUGGUAUCUUUGGAGGCUAACAGCAGGAGCAUAAAUGCGCCGCCUCUGGCCUCGCCCGAUCUCAACGACAUGCCCUCGACGAGCAGUACAGCGACCAAUUACAUGGGUUACGACGGUAGCUCGCCGGAUUGCUCGAUGAAUGGCAGUGGCGGUGAAAAAACAGCUCUUUUAAAUUCGAGCCAGAGAACCGAAUCCCAAAAUUCUUUGCUGAUGGUGUUUCAGACCCGCGAUGAGGACACUCUGAUCUAACCAAAAUAAAAUGUUCGAUGAAGCGAGAGAAACAUUGCGGAUAAUGUUAUAGCGAGGCGAUGGAUGAAUGUAUCGGAAUGCGAUUUUUACGAUGCCGCGAUGUAAAAAGAAAAACCGAAAGGAAUGUUGGAUGGAGGGAAAGAGGUGGGGGGGUAAAUAAUGUAAACGGAAACGAAGCAUUUUUAGAAAAAAAUAACCUCGAAAGAGGCUGUAGCGCCUA